AUGGACCAAAACCGCUUCGUGGUCACGACCCUGGAGCGGGCGGGCAUCCCCUACUGUGCCUUCGGGUGGCCGGUGCCCGACGCCUUCGGAAUGAGCCACACCAUCAUUGACCUCAUCGCCCAGCAAAGCCUCGACUUUGCGGGCUUUGUGAUCCCAGACCGGUACAUUCCCAGCGCCUAUGCGGCCCUGCGCCACCGCGGGGCGCGCCCCUGCACUCUCGGCCGGGACUGCAUCUCGGUGAUCGGUUUCCUCCACCCCCCCACGGACAUCGUGCACUGGCACACGCCCAACGAGGAGGCGCUGAUCCGCAACGGCGCCUGGCCUCGGCUCACUGUGCGCAUCUACCGCAAGUCCAUGUUUAUGUGGCUCUUCGCAGACCCGCCACUUAACCCUCGCCCCGAUGAUCUCUACUACAUGUGGUCCGACCAGAUUCGCAUGGCCCGCCGCCACCACCGCCCCGGUACCGGCUUCGUCAUGCCAACUCCGGCCUGCUGGACCGAGGCCCUCGUCGUCCUGCAUGCGCGCGACUUCUGCGAAACAGAUCGCUACAUGCUGACCCGCCUCUGGCACCGCGAGCUCCUCCGCGUCUGUCUUCAGUUGCUGCAGCCUCUGCGCCAAGGACGCCGCCCGCUGGUUCUGGAAGGCGAGCUGGAUCUGCACCUCGUCGGGGUCAUUAAGGCGAUGCGCGCCGCGUUGGCCGCCGGCGAUCCCGACGCUCAUUCCGACCUGGUCGAUGCUGAGAUUCGCAUCGUGCGCGCGCAGCUCCAGAAUGAUGAGCCGCCUUGCCCUCCGCCCCAGGGGGUGACUUACGACCAUGAGGCCGAGGUGGCUUGGUGGGAAGAGUGGGUCGCUGAAGAGCGCUCGGAUGAUGGCGGGAAUGCCGACUCUAUUGCAGGUCCUAGGAUUGAAGAACUUGGUGAUGACCACGAUCAAGACGAUGACGAUAAUGAAGACGAUGACGAUGAUGAAGACGAUGACGAUGAUGAAGACGAUGAGGAAUAUGAGGAUGACGAGACUAAUGGGGAAGAGGAGUUGUCCGAGGUGGAGUAA